AUGACUGAAACAACAAUUGCAAACGCGACAGUCGUGCCAAUAACACCGAUACGAACUCCUGUCGUUCGUUUAAAUGUCGAUCAACAAUGUCCUAUUCAGUAUGUCACUGUCUACAACGAUCGUGCCGAAGUAACACGAAUUCUACGACAUCAUUUCGACGCCGAAGGCACGUAUGAUCUGGUGCUUGAUGGUUUUUCAACAUUUGUGGAUGAAACAUCGUUGCAUGUUAGUGGUGGAACAGGGAAGUCAUGCACCAUCCUAGAGGUUUCGUAUCAAACGCGACAUGAAGAUGUCACUCCACCAUCAGAUUUGACGUCUCUUGAACAUCUCCAAAGUCAGCUCGAAAACGUACAAACUGACAUAGAGAAGCAUAAGCGCGAAUUAGCACGACUCGCAAAGCAACGGGUAUGGCUCGAUGGACGUUCGACCAAAUUAAUGAAUCAAGACGGACCAUAUGCGAGUAGUGAUCUCGAGAAUAUGCAGCAAUUUCUCGAUUUCUAUCACAAAACACUAUUAAAACUCGACGAUGAAACAGCACACGAAGAAGACGAAGUCAAAAAGUUGAAUGAUCGUCAAGACGCUUUGAAAGCUCAAAUAUAUCAGCACGGUGCUACAGCACAAGCGAGUCAACAAAAGACAUGUCGAGAAAUGACGAUCGCAGUUCAUGUCGCUAGUGAUAAAAUUGAUGUGGCACUCGAAAUUUCGUAUUUAAUCAGUAACUGUUCCUGGAGUGCCAGUUAUGACGUUCGUGUCAGUAGUGUCGAAGCAAAUCGACAACGAACUCAAUUAACCUAUUACGGAAUUAUAGUGAAUAAAAGUCAAGAAAACUGGCAUAAUACGAAUUUCUCGUUGUCCACUGCGACACCAUCAUUAGGUGGAACUCCACCGAAAUUGAACACACUCAAAGUCGAUUAUUACAAACCACCAAUCACUUAUUAUAGUCCUACUCUUGCAUCAAGAACAUUGAGCUGUAAUGAUUAUGAUCGUGUAAAUUGUGAGAUGAAGUCUGAGAGUCUGCCUAAGAAACGCUCCAAGGGAGCAUUCAGAUCAUUUCGUGGUAAAUCAUCGCUUGCUUAUGAUCCGACCAUUGAAGAUGAAGAUGAUGAAUCUGUCGAGACGAAAGUCAACGUUCUCACCUCUAAAACUGAAGCUAGCAUGUCCAGUAGCAGCUUUGUCAUUCCGCGUCGAUCAACGAUUGAUUCUGAUGUCAGUAUUCUAUCUAGCGAUAGAGAAUGCCUAUAUAUUGUUUAUCUUUCUUAG